UCGCGUUGGUCAUCGUCCUGUCGUGCUAGCUCUGCCGGAGCGCCCCGCCGCCCGCGCGGCCUCUGCCUGCGCCCCCGCCGUGCCCUUCCGUCAGCCCGGCCAGCUCAGCCGCUCCCGGAACCCGUGCCGCGCCGCCCUCUGCUCGUCCCCGACCAUGCUAUCUCUCCAGUACCCCGACGUGUACCGCGAUGAGACCGCGGUACAGGAUUAUUACGGAAAUAAAAUUUGUGACCCCUAUGCUUGGCUGGAAGACCCGGACAGCGAGCAGACAAAGGCUUUCGUGGAGGCCCAGAACAAAAUUACCGUGCCGUUUCUUGAGCAGUGCCCUAUCAGGGGUUUAUACAAAGAGAGGAUGACGGAGCUGUAUGACUAUCCCAAGUAUAGUUGCCACUUCAAGAAAGGAAAACGGUAUUUUUAUUUUUACAACACAGGUUUGCAGAACCAACGAGUAUUAUAUGUACAAGAUUCCUUAGAGGGCGAGGCCAGAGUGUUCCUGGACCCCAACGUACUCUCUGAGGAUGGCACGGUGGCGCUCCGAGGUUAUGCAUUCAGUGAAGAUGGGGAAUACUUUGCCUAUGGUCUGAGUGCCAGUGGCUCAGACUGGGUGACAAUCAAGUUCAUGAAAGUUGAUGGUGCCAAAGAGCUUCCAGAUGUGCUUGAAAGAGUCAAGUUCAGCUGUAUGGCCUGGACGCAUGAUGGGAAGGGAAUGUUCUACAACUCAUACCCUCAGCAGGAUGGAAAAAGCGAUGGCACAGAGACAUCCACCAACCUCCACCAAAAGCUCUGCUACCAUGUCUUGGGGACUGAUCAGUCUGAAGAUAUUUUGUGUGCUGAGUUUCCUGAUGAACCUAAAUGGAUGGGUGGAGCUGAGUUAUCUGAUGAUGGCCGCUAUGUCUUGUUAUCAAUAAGGGAGGGAUGUGAUCCCGUAAACAGACUCUGGUACUGUGACCUACAGCAGGAACCCAAUGGCAUCACUGGAAUCCUGAAGUGGGUAAAACUGAUCGACAACUUUGAAGGAGAGUACGACUACGUGACCAACGAGGGGACGGUGUUCACAUUCAAGACAAAUCGCCACUCUCCCAACUAUCGUCUGAUCAACAUUGACUUCACGGAUCCUGACGAGUCUAAGUGGAAGGUGCUUGUUCCUGAGCACGAGAAAGAUGUCUUAGAAUGGGUAGCUUGCGUCAGGUCCAACUUCUUGGUCUUGUGCUACCUCCAUGAUGUGAAGAACAUUCUGCAGCUUCACGACCUGGCGACUGGUGCUUUGCUCAAGACCUUCCCCCUCGAGGUCGGCAGCGUCGUGGGGUACAGCGGUCAGAAGAAGGACACCGAAAUCUUCUACCAGUUUACUUCCUUUUUGUCUCCAGGUAUCAUUUAUCACUGUGAUCUUACCAAAGAGGAACUGGAGCCAAGAGUUUUUCGAGAAGUAACUGUGAAAGGCAUUGAUGCUUCUGAUUACCAGACAAUCCAGAUUUUCUACCCCAGCAGGGAUGGUACAAAGAUCCCAAUGUUCAUUGUACAUAAAAAAGGCAUAAAGUUGGACGGUUCUCAUCCUGCUUUCUUAUAUGGCUACGGUGGCUUCAACAUAUCCAUCACACCCAACUACAGUGUUUCUAGGCUUAUUUUUGUGAGACACAUGGGCGGUGUCCUGGCAGUGGCCAACAUCCGAGGAGGUGGUGAAUAUGGGGAGACGUGGCAUAAAGGUGGUAUCUUGGCCAACAAGCAAAACUGCUUUGAUGAUUUUCAGUGUGCUGCCGAGUAUCUCAUCAAGGAAGGUUACACAUCUCCCAGGAGGCUGACUAUAAACGGAGGUUCAAACGGAGGCCUCUUAGUGGCUGCUUGUGCAAAUCAGCGUCCUGACCUCUUUGGUUGUGUCAUUGCCCAAGUUGGAGUAAUGGACAUGUUAAAGUUCCACAAAUACACCAUCGGUCAUGCCUGGACCACCGAUUAUGGGUGCUCGGACAACAAAGAACACUUUGAAUGGCUUAUCAAAUACUCCCCGCUGCACAACGUGAAGCUACCGGAGGCCGAUGACGUCCAGUACCCAUCCAUGCUGCUCCUCACUGCCGACCAUGAUGACCGCGUGGUCCCGCUUCACUCCCUCAAGUUCAUUGCCACUCUUCAAUACAUCGUGGGCCGCAGCAGGAAGCAAAGCAACCCCCUGCUCAUCCACGUGGACACCAAGGCCGGCCACGGGGCAGGGAAGCCCACUGCCAAGGUGAUAGAAGAGGUCUCGGACAUGUUCGCGUUCAUAGCGCGGUGCCUGAACAUAGACUGGAUCCCAUAAGCGGAGUCUCCUGCUCCCUUCUGAUACUACAGACAACCUCAAGGGCUUCUCACACCAUUCACAGAGAAACCUCCCGGUGUGAUGCUUCCCCACGGGAACGCUGUUCCUGCAGACUCUAGUUGAUCAGAACUGCCGUGGGAAUUUUACCUUUUUUAGGCUUCUCCUUUUUAGCAAGCCCUUGAUGUUUCUUUUUCCAUCCUUUCCAGACACAUUUUUUUUUUAAAAGGCAUGUUUGGAUAAAUAGCUAAAUGGCAGCAAACAUGUUGUGAAUAUUAGAUUACAGAAUUAAGAGACGAACUCGGGCAUCCUUCAUAUAUAGCACCUUGAUGAAAUCUGCUUCUAUAACCAUAACCUAUAUAUCUUUAAAUCAGUGUGGGAAACGUUCUCAUGAAGAAGACUUCUU